UGACAUCGUUCUGCUUUAGAAACCUCGACAUAAAACAGUUAAAUGUAAUACAGACAGGGCAGAAAAGCAAAAUAUAUUAUCAACACUAUUUCGUCAUGCAACCUUGAAGUUUCUGAAUUUGAUAAGUGCACUGUUCUUCGAUUCAAUUUUUUAUUAAACGUAUAAUUAUAUUAUUUUAUGAUUAAAUCCAUGUGACGUGGCUUAUCGCGUUGACUGGGCUCUUAUUUUGAAGUUGUUUCCUUCACGCUCUCUCGCACGCGCUCCGCGGUAAACGUGCGCGUUCUCGUGGCUGUUGUUGCUGCUGCGCUCGACGGGCUCGACUGCAGUCGGCACUCCCUCGUCACUGCUUCAGCGCAGCCGGUGGAAGUGACUUUCAACUUUGUGGUUUGUCACUUGACAUCGUUCUGCUUUAGAAACCUCGCAAGUUGUCUCCGGAUAUUUACAAGAGGAAACUUCUGAAACUGUCGCGUGGAGAUCCAUCCUCAGGGGUAUGAUGGUGAGCUGCUGUGGUCUAAUAACCUCUCAGAAGGAACCAGUUCCUCUGAAGAGCGUGGAGGUGGAGCUGGAGGUGAAGGACCACGUGGCUACUGUGGUCUCCACUCUGAACUACCACAACCAGGAAGACAAACCACUGGAGGCUGUCUUUGUCUUCCCCCUGCCUGGAGAUGCUGCCGUCUGUCAUUUCAGCGCUACUGUUGGACAGACGGAGAUUGUGGCGGAGGUGAAGGAGAAACAGCGGGCCCGUGAGGAGUACGACGACGCUCUGAGCUCCGGUCAGCAGGCCUUCCUGUUGGAGGAGAGCGAGCAGAGUCCAGAUGUAUUCUCUCUGAGUGUGGGCAGUCUGCCUCCAGGAGAGAGCGCCUCCAUCAGGCUGGAGUACGUCACUGAGCUGGCUGUGCAGGCCGAUGAAGGGCUGAGGUUCCUACUGCCCGCUGUGCUCAACCCUCGCUACCAACCUCAGGGGAGCGUUGGUAGUGAAGGGUCCAACGUCCAGGUGACCUCUGUUCCAGCCUCUCUAGUGCCCUACACUCUGUCUUUCUCUGCCCGAGUGUCCUCUCCUCGUCCCGUCUCCAAAGUAGAGUCCAGCUCUCCCCUGGACCCUCUGCAGUACCUCAACACAGAGCAAACCCAGGCCACGGUCAAGUUGGCUGCAGGACACAAGUUUGACAGAGAUGUUGAACUGCUGAUUUAUUACAAAGACGCCCACCAGCCCUCUGCGAUGGUGGAGGCAGGACAGGCCUCUUCCCAGCCUGGCUCUCUGAUGGGUGAUUCAGUAGUGAUGCUGAGCCUGUACCCAGAGUUCCCUCAGGCUGUGAUGUCUUCAGUGGCUUCAUCUGGAGAGUUUGUCUUCUUAUUGGAUCGAUCUGGCAGUAUGCAUGGAGACCGUAUAAAGAAUGCCAGGGACACUCUGCUGCUCCUGUUGAAGAGCCUACCGCUCGGCUGCUAUUUCAACAUCUACAGUUUCGGAUCCAGCUUUGAACACAUCUUCCCUAAGAGUGAAGACUACAACCAGAAGACCAUGGAAGAGGCUCUGAAGAAAGUGGAAGAGAUGGAGGCUAAUCUGGGAGGAACUGAGAUCCUUGAGCCACUUAAACACAUUUACAGACAGCCCUCCAUUCCCAGUCAACCUCGACAACUAUUUGUCUUUACUGAUGGAGAGGUGGGGAACACAAAAGAAGUCAUAAAUCUGGUGAAGCAGAAUUCAGCCUCCCACAGGUGUUUCUCCUUUGGGAUCGGGGAAGGGGCCAGUUCUGCUCUCAUCAACGGGUUGGCCAAAGAAGGAGGAGGCCACGCUCAGUUCAUCACAGGGGCCGACAGGAUGCAGCCCAAAGUGAUGCAGUCGCUGCGGUUCGCUCUGCAACCGGCCAUGGUGGACGUCUCAGUCAAGUGGGAUCUGCCGAGCGGAGUCUCUGUCACCGCUCUCUCUCCACCGAUCGCAGCACUUUUCCAGGGUCAAAGGUCACUGGUUUACGCCCAGUUCACUGGACAGAGUUCGGAGGCGUCAGAGGGCUGUGUGACGGUGGCGUACAGCCUGGCAGGUCAUCCCUCUCAGACCCAGCUCCACUUCAGUCUCAAACCUGCAGAGGACUCUGGACUAACGGUCCACAGGUUGGCCGCUCGGACCGUGAUCCGCUCUCUGGAGAUGGAGGUGAGAGAGCCUGGAGGACAGGAAGACGCAGGAGGGAAGAAGAAGGUGGUGGAGCUCAGCGUCCAAUCAGGAGUGAGCAGUGUCUUCACCGCCUUCAUUGCCGUCAACAAAUCCAACAGCGAAGCUAUUCAAGGACCUCUGCUGCGCAGAACGAUUCCAACACCCAUGAUGAUGGCCUGCAUGGCUCCUAUGGCAUUCUGUUCGAUGAGAAUGCCUGUGAUGUCUUGUGAUAUGGCGCAGCUUCCUCAGAUGUCUCCUAUGAUUGGGCUUGCCUUUGGUCAAACGUCCUGUUCGAUGGAUAUGAUGGACCAAAGUGACACGCUUGAAAGCUGUCGGCCCAAACAGCCCCCCAGAGACCCUUUGCUGCAGCUGGUCUCCCUGCAGAAGGCGUCUGGCUGCUGGUUGCUGGAUCCACAUCUGGCUGCUGUACUGGGGAAGACCAGCGAGGAGGUGGAGAAGCCCAAGCCUGCAUCGGUCAAGCAGGACGUGUGGGCCACCAUUCUGGCUCUGAUCUGGCUUCAUGGUUUCAAGAUGGAUGCUCAGGAGGAGUGGGAGCUUCUGGCUAUGAAGGCUGUGUCCUGGCUGCGAGCUCAGAAAGCAUCAUUGGUGACGGAGUGUGUGGAAGCAGGAAAUGCUCUGUUGGGUUGCAACGUGCAGAAAGACGCCGUGGGGCUCUGAGGUGUUCAUUGGAGGAGCUUCUCCUGCAGGAUUGGUUCAACGUGACUCCCUCCUGCCACCUUUACCUAACAAACAAUGCAUUUUUAAAGGUUGUCGUGAGGUGCGCAGCUUGUUUAGGCCCUUGGUACACAAAUGUUUGAUUUAUAUUAGGAAUAUUUUUUAAUGGACCAAUCAAUCACUGCUCCAACCUUCUCUCAUCCUUCAUCUCAGUAAUGCUGCUCUAAAUACUGCCUCACUUGGUCUUUUCCUGCCACCUGGUGGUUUGAAUGUGUAUGAUUUCCAGCAUAAACAGAUAUAUGCACACAUGCACUGAAAGAGCUUCAGCUUCAUGUAAUCCUUCCUGCUGUCUGUACCUGCCGUCAAAGAUCCUUCACUAUUGCGCCUGUAAUGACAGUUAUAGGGGACAAAAUUCAGUCUUCGCUUUAUAAAAUACAAUUAGAGGGUAUCUGAACGGAACAUGCGGUUUCAGUAGAGUUUCUUAAUGAUAUAAUGUGUUUCAUAUCUUAGGUUUUAACAGGCCUUUGUGGUACAUCAAGCUGAGCUUUGUCUGAGAAAACCAAAAAUAAACCUUUCCAUCUACCUUGAACGAA